AUGACUUUUCAAUCCCGUGGAAGCCAGGCAGAGGCGGUGGCUCUGAACCACGCGACUGUGGCACUCUUCAUCACGAAUACGGCGGCGGGGUUCUAUAUGAUCAUGCUUCAAUACCUUCUCAUGAGAAUCCGAUCCUCUGCAUCCAAGGCUAAAUCCCCAACUACUUCCGAGAUCUAUUGCUUUAUUGCGGCGUUAUGGAUUUUGCACCGCAUAUUGGACCAAAUGCUUUGUUCCAUAGUCGAUACCUGUGUCCACUUCCUGUCGACUGAAGAAGUGAUGGUCCUAUACUCGGACUUCCGUCAGAAAAGCUACAAUUUGAAAUAUUGGGCAGUGGGCGCAAAAGAAAAAAGACCAGGAUGGGAUGGCACCGUCCUCCUCUUCUAUGAGAUCCUCGGAACAUGGCUCAUAUCCCAAAGCCUAAUCUUCCUCCUCGAGACUGCCGUUCCUCUUUUCUUAGAUAUUCGCCAAGAUCAUAAUCGGGUUGCCCUGAGGUUCCAAACUCGCUGCUUGGAACUGGUAGAUUUUGCACGGAGCUUUGACAAAAGCAGCACUGUGAAGCCUCUUAUGGAAAAAGAAAAGCGGAGAGAUGUCCGCCCUCAGACUGGCGCGAGCAAUUUCCAAACCAUCAACCUCGAGAGAUUACAAACUCACAAUCUUGUGGAAGAUCAAAGAACCCUGACUUGGAAUUUGACGGUGGAUAAGAGUGCUCUUGAUGAGAUGAAAGAGAUCCUUGGGCCUCCUGGGGGGUUUGGGGAACUGGGUUUUCAUGUUGCAUAUGAUAGAGUUUGUUUCGAGGCCAUGAGCAUCGGGACUAGAUUCAACUUGACCUUUGGGUUGAAAGACAGCAGGCUUGGAAAUUCCAAAGAAGCCAGGCAUAGAAAAUCGCGAUAG